GCUUUUCCCUACUCUACCCGCGCGCGUACACGAUUUGUCUCCCUCGUGUUUCGGCUCUACGGCAGUGUUCCAACGCGCUCGCUCGCUGUCAGUACGAUCAGAGUUUUGUAGCCGGGCGCACACGCCAGGCAAACCCAGCAGCAGCACCAGCGCGCGUGUGUGUAUUGGACCGCGAAUGUGCCGCGCUACGAUUUGUGUUGCUUCCAGCUGUGCUGUUUCGGCGGGGCCCGCGUUGUUUUGAUUGACAGAAACAUACGGUAGUAGUAGUAGGAAGGGAGGAGGAAGGUUUGUGCGCUAACGGCGGAGCGGGGCAGCGGUCUAUUUGCAUCGGGGGAUGUCGAAAGUUCACAGCGAAAUUUAACCGUGUGCCAGAUUCUCUGACGCUUUAAUUGCAACAAAAUAUACCUCAACAACAGUGCAUUAGUAAGUGAGAUUGUUUAUGACAGUUCAAAAAACCGCCCCGAAAUUCGUUCAGUGUUCAGUGACCAGCAGGGAAGCAGCGGCAGCAGCGGUGGAACACAAAUCAAAUGAAAACUCCAAGUGAAAGGACAAAGCGUUUGCUUGUCGUGACGACUGUGCCGCCAUCGGCGGGCGCCGCAUUCCUGCUGCCCGGCGGCGAUCAGAUGCGAGUUCGAUCGUGAAGUGCUGCAGCCUUGCCCAAAACCCAGCAGCCCAGCCGAGGUUCGCGUCUUAUUGCCUCGCUGCUAGACGCCCCAGUGUAAAUUUUGCCACUCACCGCGGUCUCCGUCAGCUAUUCAAACCAAUCAGAGGGCCGCGCAGAGAGAUAUAGCGUGUUAUUUAGUGUUUAGGGUAAUUACACAGUGUGCAACAGUGACAACUCGCCCUCCAAGCGCGAACCAAGCCAACAAGUGCCUGCGCUAGUCUCUCAGUGAAUCGGAGGCACCAUGUUCUCCUCGUUGCCACCGAGCGCCACCGGCGGCGAUGUCGUAGUCGGUAACGUCAAGAAAGGCCCGAGCAAUUGGUUCUGGUCGUUGCGCCGUCAGCCGAAGCCGAAAAAGGCGAUCCUCGAGCCGGACAAACCACUGCAAAAGAGCUGCGUCGAUCUACCGUCCGCCACUACGAACGGUGGCUCCCCCGGUCCGUUCGGAACCUUGCCAACCCGGCUCGAUGAGGUGGUGUCCACCAGCAGUUCCACCAUCGAGCGUCCCUCACCCGCCUGUACGUGCGAGUACGUGCAGGUGUUCGAACCACCGGAAACGACGGGCAGCAUCUCCACGACUGCCACCAUCACGAAGACCGUGUCCCGGCACCACCAGCACGCCGACAAGCUGCUCGAAUCUGCCUCGUCCGACAGCAAUCUUGCCUUAAGCUCUGCUGCCUCCUCUCCGUUAGAGGGAGCUGCCAACGGGUUGCAACCGUACGCGACGAACAGUUUGCGGCGCCGGAAGGAACAGCAGGUCGUGUACGGUGCGAAAACGGUCACAACCGUCACGAAGACGACCGUACUGAACCGUCAGCGGACGUACCGGGUGGGGCUGAUCUUCAGUGAUAAUGGAGAGCUGCUAAACAGUAAUCUCGAUCUGCGACAGCUGGUGGAGGAAAGUAAGCGCAACUUCCUGAACGCGCUCGAGAACGGUGUUCCGGUGGGGGAUGGUUCUGCCAUUCCACCACCGCCCCGGUUAGCGCAAGAACCGGCCAAAGAAGCUAACAACAACGAACGGUUAAAGGAAGCUGCCAGACGUCCGGAGUUGCAGCAGCAGUUUAGCAUACUGGACGACAGCAACUUUGACUUCAUCGAUGACAGUGCCGAUCUGUUCAACCGCAACUACCCGCAUCAGCCGCCGCCGGUGUCGGCAUCAUCGGUCGGGCUAGAACCAAGGUCACUGGUCGCAGCGGCAACAUCAGCGGGAGCAGCUUCGACCUUCCCCAUUACCAAAGUGUUGCGUAUGUGCAACAACUGUAAAAAUAGAAGUAAUCUAGUCUACCAGCGAAGCUGCUCCCAGCCCCAUCGUAAGCAAAUCAACGAUGAGCUGAACGAGGUCGAGUCGGAGAUGAAAGCCCACGAAAGCAAGGAGGAGAACAAACAUUCCAACAAAGACAAACAGAUGGCGCUGGGGCGGAAAAAGUUCAACAUGGAUCCAAAGAAAGGAAUAGAAUUUUUAUACGAAAACCAGCUGCUAAGGACGGAUCCGCAGGACGUGGCACAGUUCCUAUACAAGGGAGAAGGUCUCAACAAAACGGCCAUCGGCGAUUAUCUGGGCGAAAAGAACGACUUUAACGAGCAGGUGUUGAAGGCCUUUGUAGAGUUACACGAUUUUACGAAUCUUAUACUGGUGCAAGCUUUAAGACAAUUCCUCUGGUCAUUCAGACUGCCCGGCGAGGCGCAGAAGAUCGAUCGCAUGAUGGAAUGCUUUGCCCAGCGGUACUGCCAGCUCAAUCCGGACAUCUUCACCAACACGGACACGUGCUACGUGUUGAGCUUUGCCAUCAUUAUGCUCAACACCUCGCUCCACAAUCCAUCGGUAAAAGAGAAGCCCACGGUUGAACAGUUCAUUUCCAUGAACCGUGGUAUCAACAAUGGAGGCGAUUUGCCGCGCGAACUGUUAGAGUCCCUGUACGAGUCGAUACGAGCUGAACCGUUUAAAAUACCUCAGGACGAUGGGAACGAUCUGAUGCACACCUUCUUCAACCCGGACAAGGAGGGCUGGCUGUGGAAGCAGGGCGGAAGAUACAAAUCGUGGAAACGAAGAUGGUUUAUCCUGAACGAUAACUGUCUGUACUACUUCGAGUACACCACCGACAAGGAGCCGAGAGGGAUCAUUCCAUUGGAAAACAUUGCGGUGCGCGAGGUGACGGACCGGAGCAAACCGCACUGCUUUGAGCUGCACGCCAGCGGCGGGGCCGACAUCAUCAAGGCGUGCAAAACCGACAGCGAGGGUAAGGUGGUGGAAGGUAAGCACACCGUCUACCGGAUGUCGGCCGCGACCGAGGAGGAGCAGCAGGAGUGGAUCACCCGCCUGAACCAGUCGAUCAGCCACAACCCGUUCCACGACAUUCUAGUACAAAGGAAAAAGAAAGCCCUGGCCAAAAACUCGUUCGCUACCUUUAUUGAGUGGUUCAGCUGUGGACUGUUCUGUGCCGGUAGUGGAACGCUUCAACGUCAGCACACGACCGUCAACGAGUAUCAGCUGAUGCCGGUUUAGUGUGAUUCGUGUUUUCACACAACGCCAAGCGGCUUUAAUCCAGACGGGGCCAACAAAAAUUGUGAUAAAAACCGAAUAAAGACAAUACAUAUCAGCAUUUAAAAUAAAAA